AUGGUUGUCAGCUUCUUCACACUUCCAGUUAUUACAUCUUCAUUUCUGGUUUUCACUCCAUCAAAGCCCAACACACCAGCUACUGGAAACUCCCGACGAAACUCAGCGCAUGCCCAGACUCAACCAGUAAGAGGGAACGACCUGUUAGCAUCAUGGGGUAUCAAUGGACAUCACGAUGAUAAAAAGAGGAAGAAGAAGAUUUAUGCACGCAGCAUGGUUGAAGCGCACGAUCUUCCUGUCAGCGUCAAUGAGAGGAGGGAUUUUGAAGGCGUAGGCGGCUGGCGCCCAUAUACCAACGCUUCUAGACCAGAACUCCGUGGGACCAAAUCUCUACGUGGUAGAGAUUCGCGCUCUACAUCGACAUCGUCGGUCUAUAGCACCAAUAUUGAUGAUGACGACCAUGCUUGGUUGUCCUUGAACCAGCGUCUGGAACUACCCUCUCAAGUAGUGACCAUCGGCGGCUCUAAUAAUCCAGAAAAUGUGGAAUCUCUUCACAACUUCAGAUUUCAUGAUCUGACCCCCACGUCUUCGCAUGUCUAUCAUACCCAGACUCCUCAUAAACAUCACCACCGUUCUCAUACUACCUCUUCUCUCAACACCAACAACCAGGGUACUAGUCCCAGUCUCUCUAUCGCUGUAUCAAAUAGACCGGAUUGCAAAGGUCUAAGUCACCCGACAUCACCGGUGGCUUUUCGCGCUCCGUUCAUAACUCCACAGCCGCAAUCACAAGCCCAAACUCGUCCACAUGCACAGAAUUUGUGUCCAUCCCAGUAUAAUUCACAUAUGAGUUGCUCUUUAGAUGGAGUGAGCUCAAGCUUUGGCAAUGGCAGUAACAGUGGAUACUUUGCUCACCCUGAUUCUGCUCUGUUUGCAGUAGAAAGCCCUAGUUCAAGCCCGUGCACAACACCAGACACGGCUACAUCUAACGAAGACCGUGAUGCGUCGCCUCUGCAGAUAACACGCCUGAUGGCUCAUUACUUUACUAGUGUGCGGAGUCGACGAAGCAGUAUUUCUGGGCCGCAUUACAAAGAUGUUGACAAUCAUGAGCGGACUAGAUAA